AUGGACGGAGGUCUCUGCGACGAGCUCCUAGAAGAAGUCCUCCGCCGCCUCCCUCGGCGGGGUACCUUUUUCGCCUCCUCCACCGCCGAUGUCUCCCUCGUCUCCAAGCGGUGGCUCCGCCUCUACCGCUCUACCAGAUCCACACUCUCUCUCCGCCUCUCCCCGGACGACUACCCUUCCGUUCCCACUGGCUCCGCUUCUUCCGCUCUCUUAAGAAUCUCAACGUCUCUUUUCUCUCCGUACCCAAAGGAUUCGAACCCGUCGAUGCUGCGUGCGAGGGGAACUUUGACGCUAAAUCGCUGCGAAGGAAUCGGCAAUGAUACGUCGAGUUCGUUGUUUGUUAAGUGCCUCAAAGGCCUCCAAGAAGUGGAAUUGAUUCAUUGCAGAUAUGAAAUUUUGUCGAAAUUGGUAAAUAAUUGUGCGUCUUUAAGCUCUCUAUUGGUACACGAUAGUUUCGCUGGUACAAAGGGAUUACGUCAAUUCAUUACUCACGGCCGUUGUAAUUUGCGAAAACUCGAUUUACGUACACGCCAUGGCCUGCUCAGAGAGACAGACUUAUUGGCCGUGGGUGAGAAGUUCAGGGGUUUGUUGUCGCUUCGGUUACAUGGUUUUUCCUCUAUUACUGGUGAAGGGCUCAAGACUAUGAUGUUAGCCAUGAGUAAUGAGCUUGAAGAGUUGGCUUUGGUAAAUUGCAACUUGGGACCUGGAUUGUUGACCACUCUGGGGCAGAAGUUUCGAAAUUUGAGGAAGUUGGACUUGUCUUCUAAUACAAGGAUGCUGGUGGAUAAAGAGUUUAUAUCGAUGCUUGCGUCAUGUAAUUUUUUGACGGUAUUGAAGGUGAGGAGUUGUAGAGGUUUGACAAAUGCAUCUCUGGUUUCGAUGUUUCAGAGCUGUAAGCAGUUGGAGAGUGUAGAUAUCAUGGAUUGUCCCGGGAUUGAGGCAGAGUACGUUGAGUUCUUUGUUUUGAAUUGUCCGCGGUUGAGACAGAUACGUGUUGAAGAAAGCAAGCUUUCAGAUGUUUCCAGGUCGUGGGCUUCGAAGAAGUUGGUCGAGUUGGUGUUUCAUUGA